AUGGCGACGACUUUAAUCGAUCUCGAGGCUGUUACAGUUGCAAUGGAGUACCACGAUGAUGACGCGAUGCGGUUGCUUGUUAAGCCUGAUCCAGAGCACAUGGCCAUAAAAUUCACAUUACACAUCGAAGGGAAUUCUGCCUUUUUCGACAUAUCUAUCCCCUUCAGAUACAAGACGAAAACCGACACAAGGGGGACAAUCCAUGUCCGUAUCGACCCCCGAUCGAUUAUCUCUCUCGAUUUUUCCACCAAAACAGACCUCCCUAAUGAAGUCAAGGGGCUAUUCGAUUCCGCGGAAUAUCUUGAGUUUUGA